AUGGCGACCUCUGCUUCAUUUCACGGUGUUGUUGGUCUUCAAAAUGGAAGCAAGAAUCUUGGCGAUACGACGGACACUCCAGAAAUCAGGGAUAUUCGUGUAAAUGUGUGUCCUAUCAUUGACGACGAAGGCAAAUCUGCGCAUUACCUUCACCUCUUUGCUAACGAUGACUUACAACCCCUUCCUAAUGGCGCUCGCACCUUUCAAACGGCCAUCAUAGCAGUUAAAGUUUCACGCAGCCCCACUACGAAUGGCGGGAAGUGCAUAGGACAACUUAUUGACUUCAUCAUCACCGCUCAUACCGCGUAUCCCGAACUCAAAGAACGUGCAAAGCAAGAGGGAAAGGCUAUUCAUACUGUCUUGCUGGACGUCCUCGAAAAAUUGCGCCAUGAGAAUCAUGUUGAUACCUACACGGAGCUCACGAAGCAUAUACAUUGCUAUCCCGAUUUCCAUGGAAACAGGUUUCCAAAUGCCGACCCCCGAAUGAGAGGAUCCAUUGAAUCAUCUAUCGCCGACCUCGCUCGCAAGUACUUGCAAGCGGAACUGCACGACGAGGCGUGCAGAUUAGUGUGA